AUGGAUUGCACGUAUUUAAAGGCUGACACCAUCGACCUGCCGGGCAUCAAGCCAUGUUGGUGUGUGGAGAUUCGCCGGUACAGUCCUGGUGUGCACUCGCAGAUGAGCUUCUCAAGGAUUUUACCCAACGUCACCGGUCUGUACGUCUUCGGAUCGGUCAAUGGCUUCCCGUUUCCCUUUGGUAUCACGACCAGUCUUCCACUCUUCCAGACCUCGGGAAAGACGCCCUCUCUGAUGCAUCUCGCGUACACGAGGGACAUCUCCGCCUCGGCCACCCCCCAUACGACCCUAACGAUGCGCGCCGUUAUCCCGUCUAACCCGGCGCCUUGUUUGGCAGUUCCUUAA